CGCAAAACCGAUACAACAGCUUGAUUUUUGAUUGCUUUUCCCGAUCGGAAAUUGCGUCUUUUCCGAGUCGAAGUGCAUAAUUGCGAUUACAUUAAGCUUUUGAUAGUUCUAAUCGGAACAAUAGUUGAUUUAACUCACAAAUUAGAAAAAUAUAGUAGACAACAGGUUCAUAUUCGCACUCAGAAACCCAUCUGAUUUCGAGACGGGUAAUCGGAUCGAUUCUGAUUUGAAUCAAAAUCAGGGCCCUGGUUUAUGUGAAGGCUUAGUCAAAAAAUGGACAAUUAAGUUUAUCGAUUAUUGUUGGAUCGAUACGGUAUCGCAUGAGGUAGUUCAAGUGAGUCGAAAAGAGUGUCUGUUCUUCAAAAGAACCAUAGUAGGCAUAAUAGAGUUAGUUUUGCAGAGGCCUUUUUAAAAAACACCAUACAAUAUCGGUGUUUUAAUAAUACGUUUAUGCUAUAACUAGGCGCGUUAAGUAAAAUACUUACGAAGGAUGCACGGGAGAAAGUUGAGUGUUGCGAAUCGCGAGAAAACUGAAAUCCGUUAUCCACCGUACCGAGCUAGCAACAAGAAACCUGUGAGUAAUAGAUCCGAAAUUCCACUAAAUUCUACUCACAAAUUUAAAACACUUGUGUUACGGAAAUCGGAAACGACGAUACCACAAUCGCCCAGACCCGAGACAAUAUAGUAAAGUUAGGUUUUCUACAAUGACCCCAACCGGGGAUCGUAUCCAGGACCUCAGAGAUGGCGAUAUCAUAAAAAUCGGUGUGCAAGCCAACCUCAGAGGUCGUCAAAUCAGUCAUUAUAAACAAUUACAAUCGUCUAAUUUGAAGAAUCAAGAAAUAAUAUCGAAUUAGUAAGUAAACAUCACUAGCGGAUCCGGAAGUAUCAAACAAAUUAAAAUGGGCGAAGCACUUUUAAAUUUUAUUAGGGGUACUUUUAACUCUAACAAAAUGCGUUUAACGUCUCGUUGUGAGAGUUGGUCGUCGUAAAUUAGUAGAAUAAAUAAAUUGCUUAUCUUUCACAAUGUCAGUCCCCGCGCUUCGUCAACCAAAAUUCACAAAUACACAGUUGAAAGACGUGAAAAAACCAAUUAUAUUACAACCCGAUUUUGUGAUUUUAACUCUGCGGAAUAAAGACAAGCUUGUGGUGUCUUCAGACGCAUAUCAUGGCAUUUUAACGGUGGAGAUGGAGGUCAAAUGUGUGUUUUGCAAAGUGACGAUGGAUUUAGAUUUUGUUCACAAGGAGAACCACAAAAAGUCGUCAAAACAUUUGGCUUUAGUACGUGAGCACCCAUUCAUAGAGACUUUUAGCCAGAAUCUAAUUAAACAAUUGAAUUGUGACAAUUUCUACUGCACAAUAUGCAAUGUAAUGGUCACUGCACCAUUCCUGAAGCGUCACAUUAUGUCUGAAGUUCACAUGCAAGAGUUACAAAAGGCUGAAGCUCGUGCUCUUAAUUAUACACCCUCUUGAUUAAUAAAUGUUCUCCGUUAAAAAUAUUUCAACCCAUAUGAGUUCCUGUACAGGUUACUGCCCAUAAGUAAGUAAGACCCUGGGUUGAAGUUGAACAUCUGGGUCACUUAUCCACAUGAAAAAUCAAGGAACUGGAUCAGUUGAGUAAAGAAAGAGAAGCAUGACAUGACUUUUUAUUUCAAGGCACAUUUAAAGCUACGACAACACCAUUUAUAGUUAAACUAAGAACGGAAUGCUUUUGACUGAUAUCGUUAUUGUAUUGAAUAUCGUUGUUUGUCAUGAUAUUCAUAUAUUUUGUUUGAAUAUCUAUCUAUACUAUCGCUCUCCCAACUGAGCUACAGAAGGAGUCAGCGGACAUUACGAAUUUCUUUUUAAUUAUUGGCAGAGUCCUCUUAGGAUUGUGCCAGCUUCAAGUGUUCCACUAGAAUGGAUAUAAUGUAAGAAAUAUAAAGAACAUGGUGAUCAUCGGCAAUGACCAAUGGCUUCUGCUUAGGUAUAUUUUAUUGAUUCCAGUGGCAUUGGUAAGUCUUUCAUUGCGAGGUCGCAGGUUUCAGUACAACUGAAUCAAGAAUCUCUGUGUUUGUUUGAUCUUCGUAUCGAUAAUAUCAAGAAACUGAAGUGAUGAACAGUUAAAAUUUAAUGAGAUAUCCAAACUUAUGUUAAAGUAAGUUUAUUUAUAAGCCAGAAUACAGUAAAUAAGAUAAUAUUAUGUAUUUUUUUGUUGUACAUUCAAGAUGCUCCAGUUAACUUUGUCUAGUUAUAUGUAUUAAGCUCAAGUGAAAACUGUUAUUUUCUGUAUUACUUAAUUAGGAAGUAAAGAAUUGAUUUCUAAUUUCAUUUUUUUAUUUUCGUAUGUUGGAAGUUUAUAGGCUCUCUUUGUAGGAGACCUAUUGUGUGAGUCAGUGAAGUCGAUCCUUUCAUUUUUAAGUAUACUUUUUCUCCUACCAACCGCGGAUUGGUCACAAACCAAGGGAAUCACCUGUACUAUGACUACCAGAGCAACAG